UGUCACUGCCAGGCAGGAGAGGCCAGGGGCACCCAGGCUGGCACGGGACACGCUGGACAGCCCCCAGUGAUGCCCCUUCCCUGGCCAUGGAGCUGAGAGCCCUGUUCCUGCUGCCACUCUGCUUCCCAGGUCUCCAAGGCCAAGCCCCAGAAGCCUACAGACGACGGGAAGGGGGGACACUGUACAUCCAGUGUCCUUAUGCAGUGGGGACUGGUGACUCUGAGACAAAAUACUGGUACCUCACCCUGGGAAGUGGAAGAUUUAAAGAAGUCCUGCGCACAUACUUAUAUGAAGACACCCGACAAUCCCAGGAUGGGAGAUUUCAAAUAAAGGAUAACAAAGCUAGUAAGACUGUUUCUGUCACCAUGAGUGGUCUCAAGGCAGAGGACUCAGGCACAUAUUUCUGUGCUGUUUAUAAUUCUUACAGCUACACAUAUCCAGGGCUAAAGGCGAUCUCACUGAUUGUUUUCAGGGAGCUGCUCCAGUGGGAGCUGGACACCCUGACAGUGCAGUGCCCAGAGGGGAGUAAUGCCUGGUGCGCAGAUGGGCUCAAAUGCACAGCCUCUAGGAUGGGAAAAACACCUUCAGCACGCAGUGAAAUGAAAUCCCUGCAGGACAGAGUAUCAGUGCAGUAUAAUGCUCGAAGGGCUCUCGUCACCAUGAAGAACCUGCAGAUCCAGGACUCUGGUGUGUACUGGUGUGCACUGGACUCUGAGCGCACCCGGAAAAUGGAGUUUGUGCUCUCUGUGUUCAAGAGAACCCAGAAGCUCACAGCCGAGGAGUCAGCCAACAUCACUGUCGAGUGUCACUACAAGAUCGCCGACUACCGCACUGUCAGCAAAGCCUGGUGCAAAAAGGAAGAGGGAAAAACAUGCAAAGUGCUGGUCACCACCAAGCCAGAGUCCCCAGCAGCAAACAGCACAGCUUUGGAGCGUGUCAGGAUCCAGGAUGACACCCAGCAGGGCAUUGUGACCAUCACCAUGGAGCAGCUGCAGCUGCAGGACUCGGGCGUGUACUGGUGUGCGCUGCAGCACAGCUCCGGGCUGCUCCGCAUGGAGGAGAUCACACUCAACAUUUCCAAGGCGUUGCGUCGAGGACGUGUUUCAUACUCUGAAAACCAAAGUCAAGAAACUCUUCUGGGUGACAGUGAGAACACCUUCCUCAUCCUGUCCGUGGUGCUACUCAUCCUGCUGCUCCUGGCCCUGCUCAGCUGCACAGCCCUGGCUGUCAGGUACUACAGGCUGCUCCUGAGAACAGGUAACAGAGAAGCAGAGGACACCAGUGACCGAGCAGAGGGCACAGCACAGCCUGGCAGCACUGGGAGGAGGGAAAGUUCUCAGGAUGGCAGCAAAGGUCCAGCAUACAUCAACCUGGAUGUGCAAUCCCACCCCAGCCCUGAGGAUCCUCUUUACUGCAAUGUGGAACCGAGCCAGGCUCCCAGGAACCCCCAGCACGUGGAAUAUGCCAUCAUUGCCUUCAACCAGGCCCCAAGGACCAGCAAGGAAUGAAGCACAGAACACCAAACAAGCCAGAAAUGGGAGGAAGGAACUGGAAUACACAGUGGGAGUGAGGACAGGAGGUGUGUGGACGGACAAGCUGAGUUUUGCUGCUGUAUGUGUGGUGUUUGCUGAGCAUUUUCAGCCCUCCCUCUUGCUUUAGAAAGCAGAGGUUUUGCCGCUCUUGUGGCAGACAGAGCUGUGGAGGCAUUCCCAGGAUCUCUUGUACAUCUGCUUUUCCAAUCCCAUUAAAGUGCAGAACCUUGGAGAGGCAGGUGUGCAGAGGAGCGGUGUGGACAUGGCUGGGUGGGAUAUCCACCCCAAAUCCUGCCCCAGUCCCAAGAAUUCAGCUCCUGUGGCCAAGCAAACUCAUUCCAGUGCUGCAGGGAUCAAACCUCGCUGUGGCUGGGUUCAUUUCCAAGGAAUGGGCUGGGGACGUGAGUGCUGGAUUCCAAGAAAAAGCAGAACCAGCUCCUGCACUUCCCUGUCUCUGCUGGAAACGCUCCAAAUGACACAUUUCGUUUAACAGUCAUGUGGGCAGCAACGUGAAAUGAGUUUUUGGGGCUCAGUUUUUGGAUUGCAGAGAUCCAUUUUAGGUCUUCUUCUAGUCAAGCUGAAAGAACUUCAUCGUUUUUAGUUUACAAUUCACUUACAAUUGUUGAAAUUAUUGUAUAAAAGGCUCAGCCAGCACAAAGUCCCCACAAGAGCCUAUUUUUAAAUUUACUUCUGUUUUAUCAUUGCUGAUGAUCUCACAAAAGUGUUUGCCUGUGACUUUUUCUUCACUAGAAAUAGAUUUCCACAAAUACCACUCCUGAUUUCCCUGCCCAAGCCCUGCUGGAGGUGACAGACCAAAGGGGCCUGACCCAGCCCUCACUCACAUCCAACAGGCUCCUUUUGCCAGGGCUGCACCAGGGAGGCUGAUGGAAAUUUUUUGAGAUUUUUCAGAGUUGACCUGGCAGAAAAAAAAAAAAAAAAAAAAGAAAAUGGUUUUGGAAAUGGUCCGUUCAAGCCCAACAUUCCCCCAAAAAUUUGCUCUUCAUGGGUCAAGCUGUGGAAGAGAUCCUCCCUUUCAUCUUUCCAGAAAUUCCCCCCAUGCGCAACUCCUGUAAAUAAUUUAUUUGUAAUUUAUGAUUUAUCUCCAUCGUGCUUGGAGUGCCAGGACGAGG